UUUUGUUUUGUAUUAAUUUUGUAUUAUUCUUUCCUUUUCUCUGUAUUAUUAACAACGCUCUACAAAAAAAAUGCAUCAAUAUUUUAUAUGAAAGUUUACUGAUCAAUUUUUUUCUUUUAUUUAAAAUUAAAAUUUUGCAGCAACAUUCCUUGUGUUUUUAACGUUAAUGUUUGCUUGCUUUAAACGAGAGAAAAUAAAAAUUUUAAAGAAAAGAAAAAGGAAGAAGCAGCGGUUAAAUGUUCUCGAUAAAACUUGGCUACAAAAAGUUUUCUAUGUUUUUUAAAACUUUAGCUAGCUAGCUAUCUAAAAUAAAAAGAGAAUUUUUGUAGUUUUUUGAGCUAACUAAAAAAAGGUUUGUUUUUUUAAAGGAAGACAAAUGUUUGUUGUUCAUUGUUGUUAUAAAGAGAAAGUUUUCGAAGCAAUCUGGCUAACUUUGUUGUGAAAAUGGCCGUAGUCUGAUUGUAAGGGUCACAUAUGGUAUCUAGCCUAAAGUAUUAUAUUGUGCGUAAUUAGAAGCACAAAAGAUUUUUUGAAAUGAACAGAAGAAUAUACAAAAGAAAUUUGCACAAAACACGUUGUUACGCGACAAGUUCAAAAUUAAAAUAAAAAAAAACAACACAACACAAAAGGCAAUAUAUUCUACUUGAAAAUAUUGUGAAAAAGAAAAUUUUAUUUUAUUCAACCACAUUGUGAGAGCCGGACACGUCGUUUCGUUGUUCGACGGUUUAAAGUUCUAAUAUAUAACGUCAAACGGGAAUGAACAUGGAAGAUAUUAAAUCGCGUUUGCUAAUCGAAGAUAAUAAAAGCUUGGCCCACAAACUCGUAUCCGGCAUGUUUGAAAAUCUCGAUGAAAGCCAUCUAUUGUCCUCCCAAUUAGACUCGAUGGCAAAAUAUUUGCCAAAACAAGGCAGCGGGGCGUCAAAAAUGCCAACAGCCUUUUUACAUAGUUUACACGCAGCCAACCCAGACCCGCAAUACGACCCGCAUGAUAUAUUGGAUCAAAUUACCGCAACUUUACAACAACCAAAUGCUUCUGAAAAUUCUUACGACCACCAUCAAUCAGCGGUCACUACAAACGCUUCAAAUUACUCAAGCAGCCACCUUCUUUCACCCACAUCCACCUCGUUUUCGUCAUCUUUUAGUAAUGGGAACUUCAGUUCCUUCAACAAUACUUUUGCUGCAGCGGCAGCAGCUGCUGCUGCGGCCGCCGCACAGGUUGGACAAGAAAGCGAAUGCACUCCGAGAGAAUUAGAAUGGUUUGCUGAACGAUUUAAACAACGUCGCAUCAAACUGGGAGUAACGCAAGCUGAUGUCGGUGGUGCACUCGCUCAUCUUAAACUACCUGGAGUGGGCUCACUUAGUCAGUCAACGAUAUGUCGAUUCGAAUCUCUAACUUUGAGUCAUAACAACAUGAUGGCACUAAAGCCAGUGUUGUCCGCUUGGCUAGACGAGGCUGAGAGAGCUAAUCGAAUGAAAUCAAAAGACAGUGCGUUCUUACCAAACGCCGACAAAAAACGAAAACGCACUUCGAUAGGAGCAGCUGAAAAGCGUUCUUUAGAAGCAUAUUUUGCAAUGCAGCCUCGCCCUUCGAGUGACAAAAUCGCGGCCAUCGCUGAAAAAUUAGACUUGUCGAAAAACGUGGUCCGUGUUUGGUUUUGUAAUCAAAGGCAAAAGAAAAAGAGAAUGAAGUUUUCCGUUCAUUAAAAGAAAAUAUUUUUAAAACUUCUUUACUCCUUGUAUCUACUACAACUCAUUCUGACAAGCUAUAUUCAACAUUUUGAGAAUCUGUUGUAAGGAUGUCUCAUAAUGUUUAUUCUAAAUAAAGUUAGCUUUAAACUGAAAUUUUAUUGCUGUUUAUUAGGUUAGACAUAAGCAAGCAUGGAUUCGAGAUUUGGAGAAAAUAGUUUUACAAUACACUUGGUUUUUUAGAAAUUUUAGGAAUCAUUUUUUAGUUUAUUUUGUCCGUAUUUUUUGUCGUUUUUUUCUUUGACUUUUUUGUUAUAAUAUUAUUGUAAAUAACUUGUAAUAUAUACUUUUUAUUGCACAUUUCAAUGUUGUAAAAUGAUGUAUGAAAAACUUUUUAUUUGUAGAACGUCCAUAUUGCAAAAAAAUAAGUAAAUAUAAAAACAUUGGUUUUUUUGGUUUUCAAAAUGGCGGCGUAUUUUUUUUUGUAAUAUACAAUUCCAGCGUCGUCCUUGAAAAAAGAACACGUUCAAGAUUUUCUUGUGUGUGCAGGAAUGAUGUCUGUUGCUCAUUUUGUUUUGUAUUUGUAUGAUACGAAAAUAAACAGGGGGAAAUAAAUGUUUAACAUGA